UUCUGUAGCUGAAUAAUUCCAUUAUUUUCCGUCAUUUUUAUAUUCUGCAGGGCAACUAUGGUGAUUAGUGAUACUAAUGGGCUCAAGAAGAGAGGAUGUAUGUGCAGAAAAGAAGAUUUCUUGCCAGAAGAGUCAUUCCAGAGCUGGAAAAACUAUGUUCAGGCAUUGUCCAACAUAAAAACAAGGCUCAAGGAUCGCUUUCUGGCGCGAUCUAUGGAUAGUUUUGAGCUGCAGGAAUUGCGUGGUUGUAGUGGGCAUGAGAUGAAGACGACCCUGAAUUGGUGGGAUAUGAUUUGGUUUGGUGUAGGAACAGUUUUGGGCGCAGGAAUUUUUGUCCUUACAGGUGAAGCUGCUAGAAAUGAUGCUGGUCCUGCAGUCGUAGUUUCAUACUUAAUUUCAGGUAUAUCUGCAAUGCUAUCAGUCUUAUGUUACAGUGAAUUUGCUGUCGAAUUACCGGUAGCAGGCGGAUCAUUUUCCUAUCUUAGAGUGGAGCUUGGUGACUUUGUAGCUUAUAUAGCUGCAGGAAAUAUUUUGUUCGAGUACAUUGUUUCUGGUGCUGGUGUGGCAAGGUCUUGGACUUCCUAUUUUGCCACCCUUUGCAAUCAUGACCCCAACAGAUUUCGCAUACAUGCCUCAUCUCUUGCUGAAAACUUCAACUACUUAGAUCCAAUUGCUGUUGUGGUGUCGAUUAUUGUUUGCGUUUUUUCAUGCCGGAGUACAAAAGGAUCAUCAAGAUUCAAUUCAAUAGCUGCAGUGAUCCACAUUGUAGUCUUGGUUUUCAUUUUUAUCAUGGGUCUUACGAAGGCCAACCCUGCCAAUUUUGCAAACUUUGCUCCAUUUGGUAUCCGUGGAAUUCUGAAAGGUUCAGCCAUGCUCUUCUUUGCUUAUGUAGGAUUUGAUGGAGUAGCAACUUUAGGUGAGGAGGUUAAAAACCCUGGCAGAGAUAUCCCAAUAGGACUCAUUGGUUCCAUGUCGAUUGUUGUAGUAUUUUACUGUCUUCUUUCAGCAACCCUGAUACUUAUGCAGCCUUACACCCAAAUUGAUGUUAAUGCACCAUUCACCCUGGCAUUUCAAGCUGCGGGAAUGAAUUGGGCAAAAUAUAUUGUUGCUUUUGGUGCUUUAAAAGGGAUGACAACAGUUUUACUAGGUAACAUCAUUGGCCAAGCUCGAUACUUUACUCACAUCGGCCGAACCCACAUGGCACCUCCCAUACUUUCCGCCAUCAAUGAAAAAACCGGCACACCAGUGAAUGCAACAGUUGUCAUGACUGUUGCAAACUCCAUUGUUGCUUUCUUCACAAGCCUUGAUAUUCUGUCAAACCUUCUCUCGAUAGCCACCCUUUUCAUCUUUUCCCUUGUAGCCCUUGCACUGUUAGUGAGACGAUACUAUGUUACCGGAGAGACAUUGGAUUCCGAUAGAAAGAAGCUCACCGCAUUAUUGGUGCUGAUCGUAGGAUCUUCAAUCGGUUUAGCUGUUUACUGGGCAGUUGCCAAAGAUGGGUGGAUUGGUUAUGCAGUAACCGUACCAAUCUGGUUUUUAUCCACACUUGGGCUACAACUGACAUUGAAGCAAGCAAGGAAGCCUAAACUAUGGGGAAUGCCAUUGGUACCUUGGUUGCCAUCUGCCUCCAUUGCUAUGAACAUGUUUAUUAUGGGAUCCAUUGAUAGGGAAUCAUUCAUUAGAUUUGCAGCCUGGACAGCAAUAUUGCUUGUCUAUUAUCUGUUUGUGGCAUUACAUGCUUCAUAUGAUGCAGCCAAGGAGAUGCAAAGAAAAGCUAAUGCAACAAAUAACCUUGAAGCAGAGAUUAUCACACAAGAAAACUUCUGAAUGAGAAACUACUGUGAAAACUUUUUUAUUUUCUUUGGUUUUCUUUAGUGUUCUGUAUACAAAGAUUAGACCUUUUCUGCCACCCUCCUCCCCCAAUUGAACAAAUUGGAAAGGUUUA